CCAUCCUCAACCGGUGGGAAGAUGCCCGGUGGCUGCCAGGGCAGAGCGGGAGCCACCACCCGAGAUCAGGGUCUGCCGGCGCGGCGGCCACCCCGCAUGGACACGAGGACCCUGUGCCCAGCCCGGGGCUGAGCCCCGGCCCCAGCCCCACCAUGGUGUUCCCCUGCACCCACAACAGCAUUGGCAGCGGCCGGCCAGCACUCGAGGAGCCCCGCGGCCGCAGCAACUCCAUCCCCGCGGCACAGACCCCCACAGCCAAGCACAUGCUGGCCUACCUGCCGCGGCCACCCACCGACACCAGCCGCUAUGGCACCUUCCCCCAGAAGCCUGAUCCCCCGGCUGCCCCCAGUGCUCUACCAGAGGACAGCUGCCCGCAAGCGGCCGCCACUGCCAAGAGAAGCGUCCUGAUGCCAAACUACCCAUCCCCACCCCGCCACAGCAGCAUCACCCCCAGUGAGCCGUUCCUUCUGCGGAGCCACGGCAGCGUGGCCGCCCCACAUCAUCCCGGUGACCUGCCCUGCUGCCCACCAGCCGCCGCGCAGGAGAGCGGUGCCCACUGGUGCCCGCUGCACGCCCUGAGCGUGGCCAACAUCCCCAGCUCGGUGCGCGGCAGGACCCCAGCCCGCAGCGGUGCCGCCACCACCGUGCCCACCGCCGAGGGGCUGCCGGGCCGGCGCCGCAGGCUGCUGGAGGAGGAUGGCCCCGUGCUCCAGGCUGGGAAGCGGCAGCGGCAGCGCUAUGUGACGAAGGUGGGCAAGUGCCAGGUGAACCUGGGAAAUAUCCAGGAGAAGAAGCGGUUCCUCUCGGACAUCUUCACCACCAUCGUGGACCUCAAGUACCGCUGGUUCCUCUUCGUCUUCAUGAUGUGCUACAUCGUCACCUGGGUGGCGUUUGGCACCAUCUACUUCCUUGACGCCUGGGUGCGGGGUGACGUCGGGCACCGGGGCGAUCCCGAGUGGCCAGCGUGCAUUGAGAACAUCGACGGCUUCGUGUCCGCCUUGCUCUUCUCGGUGGAAAGCCAGCGCACCAUCGGCUAUGGCUCCCGGAUGGUGACUGCCAACUGCGCUGAGGGCGUCAUCCUGCUGAUGGCACAGUCCAUCGUGGGCUCCAUGAUCGACGCCCUCAUGGUGGGCUGCAUGUUCGUCAAGAUCUCCCGGCCCAAGAAGCGCGCCCAGACCCUCAUCUUCAGCAAGAACUGCGUCAUCUCCCGGCGGGACGAGCAGCUCUGCCUCAUGUUCCGUGUCGGGGACCUGCGGGACAGCCACAUGGUGGACGCCAAGAUCCGGGCCAAGCUCAUCAAGUCCCGGCAGACGUCUGAGGGAGAGUUCAUCCCCCUGGAGCAGUCGGAGCUGAACCUGGGCUAUGACACGGGUGAGGACCGCCUGUUCUUGGUGGAGCCGCAGAUCAUCUGCCACGUCAUCAACCACCGCAGCCCCUUCUGGGACAUGUCGGCCGAGUCGCUGCGCCGCGAGCAGUUUGAGAUUAUCAUCAUCCUCGAGGGCAUCGUGGAAGCCACAGGGAUGACGUGCCAAGCCCGCACCUCGUACACGGAGGAUGAGAUCCUCUGGGGGUACCGCUUCGAGCCCUGCAUGUCCCUGGAGAAAGGUGCCUUCCGGGUGGACUACAGCCGCUUCGAGAUGACCUUUGAGGUGCAGACACCGGCGGCCAGCGCCAAGGAGCUGCACGAGCUGAAGGAGCUGGAGCAGCAGGAGCACUCCACACUCAGCCUCUACUGGGACCACCUCCUGCAGCCCUGCGCCCUGCCGGGGCCCGCGGAGGGUGCUCUGCCAGGGCUGAGCAUCCCCGGGAGCCAGGACGAGCUGCUGGAGAAGGGGGGCAGUGCCUGA